UGUGGCGGUUUUCUCGCCGGGGCCAGCGUGUGCGCUCAGUCGCUCGGCAGCCCGAGCCUGCAGCGGCGCCCAGGCGGCGGUCCUCGCGGCCCCGCUUCCCCCCGCGGACGCGCUCCGCUUCCCGAAGCGCCGGGCUCCGACGAGAGCCCCUAAGAGCCCUCCCGCGUCCUUAUCCAGGAGCAAAACUAUGUCAGGAAUGGAGGUUUGCUAAACCAGAAAAUUCGAAGGAGCCCAGGAAACUGGUGGAUGCAGCAGAUGUAAGCGCUGUGCAAACAUCUCAAACCAGUUCAGAUGUUGCUGUUUCCUCAAGUUGCAGGUCUAUGGAAAUGCAGGAUCUAACCAGCCCGCAUAGCCGUCUGAGUGGUAGUAGUGAAUCCCCCAAACUCGAUAACUCUCAUAUAAAUAGUAAUUCCAUGACUCCCAAUGGCACCGAAGUUAAAACAGAGCCAAUGAGCAGCAGUGAAAUAGUUUCAACAACAGCAGACGGGUCUUUAGACAAUUUCUCAGGUUCAGCCAUUGGGAGCAGUAGCUUCAGCCCAAGACCAUCUCACCAAUUCUCCCCACCACAGAUUUAUCCUUCCAACAGACCAUACCCACAUAUUCUCCCUACCCCUUCCUCACAAACUAUGGCUGCAUAUGGGCAAACACAGUUUACCACAGGAAUGCAACAAGCUACAGCCUAUGCCACGUACCCACAGCCGGGACAGCCCUAUGGAAUUUCCUCCUAUGGUGCAUUGUGGGCAGGCAUCAAGACUGAAGGUGGAUUGUCACAGUCUCAGUCACCUGGACAGACAGGAUUUCUCAGCUAUGGUACAAGCUUUGGGACCCCUCAACCUGGACAGGCACCGUACAGCUACCAGAUGCAAGGUAGCAGUUUUACAACAUCAUCAGGAUUAUAUACAGGAAAUAAUUCACUCACGAAUUCCUCUGGAUUUAACAGUUCACAGCAGGACUAUCCAUCGUAUCCCAGCUUUGGCCAGGGUCAGUAUGCACAGUAUUACAACAGCUCGCCGUACCCGGCACAUUACAUGACAAGUAGCAACAGCAGCCCAACGACGCCGUCCACGAAUGCCACUUACCAGCUUCAGGAACCGCCAUCUGGCAUCACCAGCCAAGCAGUGACAGAUCCCACAGCAGAGUACAGUACAAUCCACAGCCCGUCAACACCCAUUAAAGAUUCAGAUUCUGAUCGAUUGCGUCGAGGUUCAGAUGGGAAGUCACGUGGACGGGGCCGAAGAAACAAUAAUCCUUCUCCUCCGCCAGAUUCUGAUCUUGAGAGGGUGUUCAUCUGGGACUUGGACGAGACAAUCAUCGUUUUCCACUCCUUGCUCACUGGGUCCUACGCCAACAGAUACGGGAGGGAUCCACCUACUUCAGUUUCCCUUGGACUACGCAUGGAAGAAAUGAUUUUCAACUUGGCAGACACACAUCUAUUUUUUAACGACUUAGAGGAAUGUGACCAAGUUCAUAUAGAUGAUGUCUCUUCGGAUGACAAUGGACAAGACCUAAGCACAUAUAACUUUGGAACAGAUGGCUUUCCUGCUGCGGCAACCAGCGCUAAUUUAUGCUUGGCAACCGGUGUGCGUGGCGGCGUAGACUGGAUGAGAAAGUUGGCCUUCCGUUACAGACGAGUAAAAGAGAUCUACAAUACCUACAAAAAUAAUGUUGGAGGUCUGCUUGGUCCAGCUAAGAGGGAAGCCUGGUUGCAGCUGCGGGCCGAGAUUGAAGCCCUGACAGACUCCUGGUUGACACUGGCCCUGAAAGCUCUCACACUCAUUCACUCCCGGACGAACUGUGUUAAUAUUUUAGUAACAACUACUCAGCUUAUCCCAGCAUUGGCGAAAGUCCUGCUGUAUGGAUUAGGAAUUGUAUUUCCCAUAGAAAAUAUUUACAGUGCAACUAAAAUUGGAAAGGAAAGCUGUUUUGAGAGGAUAAUUCAGAGGUUUGGAAGAAAAGUGGUGUAUGUUGUCAUAGGAGACGGUGUGGAAGAGGAACAAGGGGCGAAAAAGCACGCCAUGCCCUUCUGGAGGGUCUCCAGUCACUCGGACCUCAUGGCCCUACAUCAUGCCUUGGAACUGGAGUACCUGUAACGGCCCCCUAGCACUUUGAAACCACACAACCGCCCUGUGACCAGGGACACAUCCAGCAGGCUGAGUCCCGAGUCGGCGCCGGACUCCAAACUAGCGAUUUCAACAUUUUGAUGCCCAGCUGCUGUGGGUCCUCGCCUCUGCCCUUGUGGUAAAUGAAGGACCACAUCCCUUUCUUCAGAACAGCUGUUGACUCUAGUACUGUGAAUCCAAUGCAAAUAAGCCAUGAGAAUGUUCUAGCACAGUGCAACGUGUCUUGGCCACAUUAACUACAUGGUUCGAACCUGUGAAGAAAGGACCCGCAGACGCUUUACGUUUUUAGCAUCUUCAGUGUGACCUAAACAGCUUCUCCAAUACAGCAAACUUGAUUGCACAACAAAGACUGAAAUGGGUUUCCUGAUUACCAGUGGGGGGGAUUUUCUUGUAAAGGUUUACUUUUUUGGUGUCUCAUACCCAGGGUCAUCUGUACAUCUCUACUUAUUUAUGAACAGCCUUCUUAAAAAAAAAAAAAAACCA